AUGGUUGAAGUUGAAGAGGUGGAGCUGGAUUUGGCGUUGUCCAUCGGAGGGAGUUUCGGGAAGCACACGGUGGAGAACCCCGCACCUGAUUCCAAGCCCGAAACGCUUGCAUCGGAUUCGUUUACGCGGGUGGCCGUCGAACCGCACCACAAGCGUGAGAUUCAAGCGUUGCGGAGGAUGGAGGCGAAGAAGAAGCGAGAGCAGAAGAGGGAGCGCGUCGUCAGAGAACCCGAACCUCAACCUGAACCCGAACCCGAGUGGGAACAGGCUUUUAAGAAGGAGAAAACGGAAUGCCGGAACGGCGUUAGUGCCUCUGGCCCGUGGGGAACGGCGGAACCGUUUCGCAUGCACCAGUUUCCGACGGCGCAGUACUUCCCGUCGAAUAACGGCUUUCCGGUACCCUGCUGGUUCGGAAGCCAGAAGAAUGCAGGUGGCGUUGACGGUGUUAACUGCUGUGAUAAGAUGGUAACGAAGUCUAAUGGGUCUUCUAGGUGCAGUUCUUCUGCGGUUUCGGAUUACCAAAGCUCUUCUCGUGAAGAUGGGGGAAGCACUGAUAGCCACAGUCAUUCAGUUCAUUCUUUGGCAGAACCACCCCAUUUGACAAGUUCCAAGGAAAAAAGCAUAGCAAUCCAACCUGAAGAAAGUGGUUCUGCCUCAUCUCACCCCAUGAAACCCAAACAAGGCAACAACUUUCAAGAGAGAAAGCACAUUGCAAAGGAAUCUCAAUCAAAACCAAACCCCACUUCACCUGAGCAUAUGAAACUCAAUCAAGGACCACCUCCCACAAGCCACAAUGCACUUCCAACAAUGCCAGCUGAGAAGCCUCUGUGCAAAGAAAAGCCAAGCCCCUUGGUGGAGACCAAAGGUGAGAAGGCAAAACCCCCAAAGCCUCUCUGUCUCACCACUUCACUCCCUGAAAUGCCAUACGUGUCCACAAAAGGGAAAAAUGGGAAAAUUGUUAAUGGGUUCCUAUACAGAUAUAACAAAUCUGAGGUUAGCAUUGUUUGUGUCUGCCAUGGAAGCACAUUUUCUCCUGCAGAGUUUGUGCAGCAUGCAGGGGGCACAGACAUCACGCACCCUCUGAAGCAUAUCACAGUAAUUCCUUCUGCCUUAAGGUGA